AUGGUACCCUAUAAGUUUCCAAAGAAAAUGAUCGGCUUCCCGGAUACUGUACUCCAAAGAGGUUUGAACAACAGAUACUGUGUUGUACAUGUUCAGGAUGACGAAGAACGUGAGAAACGUCUGACAAUUGUUUCUUCAAUGCUUGACGAUUCAGAGAGAGAGUUGUGCAUCCUUCAGGAUGACUGGAUUUCUGUUCCAGUCCAGCCUGGAGAUAUAAUUCACUUAGAAGGAGAGUGCAAUUCUGGUAUCUGGAUAAUAAAUGCCAAUUCAGGAUACUUAAUUCUGUAUCCAGAUGUGCUACUUUCUGGUACAACUGUAUCAAAUAGCAUUCAGUGCAUGAGAAGAGCUGUACUGAGUGAAAAGUUCCGGGAGGUGAUGGACCCUGAUUCUUUUAUAAUGCAGUAUCAGUUAAAUCUAGAGCAAAAGGAUAUAAUUCAUGAGAUUGAAGAAUACUUACCAUCUUUUAUUAAAUGGGCAGAAGUCUAUACAUACAAACACAGCCAAAAUAAUGUGCAGUUAAAACUGUAAACAAAUAAUAGCCUAAGUUCUAAGUCCUGUUAUAAUGUCAAGGUUACAGAAAUCCUGGAUGUUGAGGAGAAUAUCUGGUGCCCCAGGUUUGGCUUAAAGGGCAAGAUUGAUGUUACAGCUGAAGUAACCAUUCAUGAAAGAUCUAAAACUCAGACCAGAAUAAUGCCACUGGAGCUUAAAAGUGGAAAAGAAUCUAACUCUGUAGAGCAUAGAAGUCAGGUAAUUUUGUACUCCUUACUGUGUCAAGAAAGGCGAGUUGAUCCUGAAGGUGGAUUUCUCUUAUAUCUGAAAACAGGCAAUAUGAUUCCUGUAGUAGGAAGUCGUAUGGAUAGGAGAGCAAAAUGUUUUUCUCUGGAGAUGUUUGAAUGUCACGACAAGGUGUGUUUCUGGAAUUUAUCUCAUCUCCCUGGGGAUACUGUGUAUAGAUUAGAUCAUGAGGAAGGAGCACUUGGCAUAGAAGCUCCUUUAGCAAAUCUUUCUAAAUUAAUGGAAAAUUCUCCUGCCAGUGAAAAGCUUCGUAGCUUAAUAGUAGACUUCUACAAGCCACAAUUUGUUCAAUACUUGAGUUCUGUUCUUCCUCCAGAGGCAAAGGGCACGGUGGCAAACAUUCUGAAAGGAUUGAAUAAACCCCAGAAACAAGCAAUGAAACAAGUUCUCCUUUCAAAGGAUUACACCCUUAUUGUUGGCAUGCCUGGAACGGGAAAGACUACGACGAUUUGUGCUUUGGUUCGGAUUCUUUAUGCUUGUGGCUUCAGCGUUCUCUUAACUAGUUUUACCCAUUCAGCAGUUGACAAUAUCCUACUUAAGUUAGUCAAGUUCAAAGUGGGAUUUUUGAGGCUAGGAAGAGCUCAGAAGGUUCAUCCAGACAUAAAGAGGUUUACAGAAGAAGAGAUCUGCAAAUCAAAGUGUAUUAAAACUGUGGCUCAGUUGGAGGAAUUAUACCAAAGUCAGCCAGUCAUUGCAACAACAUGCAUGGGAAUAAACCAUCCAAUCUUCACUCGUAAACGUUUUGACUUCUGCAUAGUGGACGAGGCUUCUCAGAUUAGCCAGCCCAUCUGCCUUGGCCCUCUUUUCUAUUCACUUCGAUUUGUGCUGGUGGGAGACCAUCAGCAGUUGCCUCCACUUGUGCAAAACCCAGAAGCAAGAGAACUUGGCAUGAGUGAAAGUUUAUUCAAAAGGCUGGAACAAAAUAAGAAUGCUGUUGUGCAUCUAACUGUCCAGUACCGAAUGAACAGUAAAAUUAUGUCAUUGAGCAACAAGCUGGUAUAUGAUGGUAAACUGGAAUGUGGCUCUGAAAAGGUGUCCAGAGCUGUCAUUGACUUGCCUAACUUAAAAAAACUAAAACUGGAAGAGUCUUCUUAUUCAGAAACGUGGCUAAAAGAAACACUUGAUCCAAAUAAUCCCGUUUGUUUUCUUAACACUGAGAAGGUUGAAGCCCUAGAACAGACAGAAAAAGGCUGUAUAAGUAACAUGACUGAAGCCAGACUGGUGUUCUUCCUCACAUCCAUAUUUUUAAAGGCUGGUUGUAAACCUUCAGAUAUUGGAGUCAUAUCUCCAUAUAGACAUCAAUUGAAGAUCAUUACAGAUUUGAUGGCAGGCUCAUACCUCGCUGAUGUAGAAGUAAAUACUGUGGACAGAUACCAGGGGAGAGACAAGAGUGUAAUUAUAGUAUCCUUUGUAAGAAACAAUGUGGAUGGAAAUGUUGGAGAACUUCUGAAGGAUUGGAGACGUCUUAAUGUUGCCAUUACAAGAGCCAAACAUAAGUUAGUUAUGCUGGGCUGUGUACCAUCCCUUUGUCUCUAUCCUCCUCUAAAGAAAUUACUUCAUCAUCUGAAGAAUGAAGCUAUGAUUUUCAAUAUUCCUUUAGGAGCAUAUGAACAUGUUUUACAUUGUAAACUCUUAUGAUAAACAAACACUGAGGAGAAUCUUCACUAAUAUGAAGCAGAUAUACUGAAUUCUGCCAGAAGGUGCUAAACUGGAUUGUUCCAGCUUGUUGUUUUACAUACUAAUAAUGCCUUAAAUAACUAUUUGGACAUUUUAAAAAUAGAGCUUAAAAGUAUUAUCUUGGUAUAUCUAUUUGUAUUUUUCCCAUUUUGAGAAAUAGUAUCUAUCUAAUUGAGUAUUUUGAAUUCUUUUGAUCAAUAUUUUGUCCUUACAAGUGAGUAGCUUUAGCUGUCUAUACAAAAAUCUUGAAAGUAUACAAAUUCUACAUCUUACUUUAGUUAAGCAUGACCCAAAAGCUCUACUGUUAAAAUUGGUUUGAUUGUGGUAUGUCUUCUUCUAUGCCAGAACUAUUCAAGAAACCUAGAUAUUGUUGUUUGAAAGCCUGAUCACCACUUAACUAUGAUUCCCUCCCCCUCCUAUUUAUUUGGCACUGCAAUGAUGCAAUUUUAGUAAGGAUGUUUGAAAUGCUAUUUUCUAAUGCUAACAUAAUUUUUGGGGGAA